CGUACCAGGAAGUGUGAGCCACGCUGUGUCACUCUUUCGACAGUUAACCUCUUUGUCUUGUUUUUGCAAGACGCUUCUUGGUUUAAAACUUCACAGGUCGUAUGUUUUAUGUGUUUGGGUUUUUUUGAGUAGUCAGUAAGACAGUCUCGGAAACGACGACCGAGCCUUGUGUCUGAGAGGAAUGAGUGACAGAAGCUGUGGUUCUAUGCCGGUGGCCCGCACUGUCCUGCAGCAGUGUCUGCAAGCCAGGCUGCAGGUGACACCUGCCGAGGAGCACUCGGAGGCCCAAUGGGUUCAGAUUGAAAGAGGAAUGGUGAUCUAUGUGUGUUUUUUAAAAGGUGCAACAGAUGACAUCCUGCCCAAGAUGGUUUCCACGCUGCUGAACUUGCGGCUGUGCGAGUCAGACUCCGGGAGGAUGGUGUCCGUGCUGGAGCUUCCUGGCAGCGUGCUGGUGGUCCCUCAGGCCACACUGGGAGGCAAAGCCAAAGGCAGAGCCAUGCAGUACCACAACAACAUCGGCAAAGAAGAUGGACUGCGGCUCUACAGUACCUUUGUUUCACUUUGUGAGCAGGAACUGGCGGCGGCUGUCUCUUCAAAUAACGUGAUAGUCCAACAUGGAACCUACGGGAACAGACAGGUCCUGAAGCUGGACACCAACGGGCCUUACACGCAUCUGAUGGACUUCUGAAAAAUAACAAACCUUAUCUUAUAAAGUGUGUAUUCCUUAAGAUCCCUUAUGCUACAAGACACCCUUCUUUGACUGUCUUAAAUGGAAUACAGUACUUCCAUCAGUACACUUCAAUAAGUACACCGUGUACAGUAAUCCCUUGUUUAUUGCUGUUCGGACCGUCCAUUGUACAGAGUAAGGCCCACCCAGAUUCUUUUGUUCUAACAGCUGCAGGAAUAAGCCUGAGCCUGAAGUUAAGUUUAACAGCGUAAUAUUAAAAAGGAGUAGAUACAAGCGAUUGCAACGCCACCGCUGGAGAGAACAGUCAGCCCGCCAACCGAGAUACUGGGAGGUCUGAACGGUCUCUGAAGUGAAACUGCGUUCCUCUUGCUUUGGAGACAGUCCCAAUGCUCAGGAAACUUCCUGUUAACUGUUGGUGGGUACAGUGGUGUGAAAAAGUGUUUGCCCCCUUCCUGAUUUUUUUUUUUUUUGUGCAUGUUUGUCACACUUAAAUGUGUAAGAUCACCACACAAACUUAAAUAUGAGUCAAUGACAACACAACUGAACACAAAAUGCAGUUUUUAAAUGAAACUUUUUAUUAUUAAGAGAAAAAAAUCCAAACCUACAUGGCCCCGUGUGGAAAAGUGAUUCCCCCCACGUUAAAACACAAUUGAGAUUAUUAGGCUGAUAAAGGUUAUAAAGCCAUUUCUAAAGCUUUGGGACUCCAGGGAACCACAGUGAGAGCCAUUGUACACAAAUGGCCAAAACAUGGAACAGUGGUAAACCAUCCCAGGAGUGGCCGAGUACCCAAUAUAGUAAACAUAAAAAAAUAGACACACAUUAACGUUGGGAAAGUUCCAUGUAUUCUGGACAUUUUUGGUGGUAUUGUCUCCACAAUGUAACAUAAUGUAACAUUACUCCCAGUGGCCAGUGUACAAUACUACAUACCACAACUACAACUUGACUUUGAAUGGGUUUUCUGAAUGCCUUAUAUUUGUAAUUCAGCCAUUUGUAUGCCUAAUUUAGGCCACAAAUAUGUACCAUUUUCUUAAAUAUGCACAUUGUGAAAUGAUUCGAGUAAUUUGAGUACCUCCAUUACAAACAAGGAUUUUUUUUUUUUUUUUGCUUCAAGGACUCGUAAAGCGUUUUGUUAAAGAUUUUCUUACAGUAUCAAAUACCAAUGUAUGUACAUACUUACGUACAUAUCAAACAUUCAAGUAUCACUGUGAUUCUCUGUUUAUUCUCUAGAAGUGGAAAAGUACUCUGAGUGGACUGAGAGAAAGCGGUUGAGAUAAAGAAGCACCUUCGGUGCAAGGCACGACCAGGGCUGUCCCCCCACACGCGUGAGCUAAGGACAAUUCAAGGUUGACAAGCACAUUCCACAGUCAUGCCCUAAGCAUGACUCCUCAACAGUCCACUGCCGGAACUAGCUUUGACUUAUGUCGCAACUUAACUUACCACGUCUAUCUAUGUCAAUAAAAAGAAGCAGGAGAGUAUUGCAGUGUGGCACAGAUGCUCUCUCCUUGCGCAAGAAAUCUGAAGCCGUCGAGUCUGUGUGUCAUUUUGUUAAUUCAUUGGUCGAGGGCCAAGUUCGCCUGACACGUGUACGGUCUGGGAUGGAUACAUGUAUCUACAAAGAACCAUUGUGUAGUCCUGAGCAAGCAGUUGGGCUAAUAAAUAGCAUUAUAAACAUGAUAGUCCAAGACAUGCACCCACUGAGCGUGGUGGACAAAUAAGUGGUUGUUCCUCUGUUAAAUGUGAAUUUAAAAAAUAAAGCUAUUUAAAAUUUAAACUAAUUGGUUCAUUAGUAAGUGAAAUGUCUUUUGUAUUCAUAAUUGCUCUUUAAACAAGUAAACAUGUUUUAUUACUUCAUUAAUCUGAAUUUUCAGUAGAAUACUCGAUUACUAAAAUAUUCAAUAGCUGCAGCUCUAGCUGAAUUAUUUUGACACCAUAUUAAAUCAUCACAAUUGUUACAUGACUUUUAAGUGACUUUUAAUGUCAAAAAUUCAAGGGCCCAUUUUAGGACAUUGAAUGUGUUGCUGACACAUGUUAACAUUGAUGCCUAUGAGUUAAUGUCCCUUCUUCAUCAGCAAUGCAUAAGCAACCACUACAAUUACUGAUCUAAGUCAUCUUCAUCUAUUAAGUAGUGACAAAUGUUGGAAAAAAAAUUCUUGUCAACUAUAUGAAGUUAAAUUAAGUUUUCAUCCAAAUAAAC